AUGGAGACUGUGAUUCAGCAUGAGGCAAAUAAAAAGAAAGAAAUCAAGCAAGAAAAUACGGAAAACUGCGAGGAAUUCGAAGGUGAACCCUUUUCACCAAUAUCCGAUAAGCUUGAAAAGAUGCGGCCAUAUAAUGAGAUUGCUCAAGAUUCGUCUAUGAGUAAGAUCAAGGUCAAGGCCACAUCGCCCAAUUACAAGGUCAAUGAGCAAGAAUCAAAACAAGCUCCUGCGCCUACAGACGAUGCAUCGGAACUUGCGCCUACCUCAACCUCACAACACGAUUCAUCAGAAUCAAAGAAAGAGAUUCGAUCUUUACUUGCUGCAGUGCCAAAACAAAAACAAAUGCUUGAAGAGAAAGCUCAAAAUCCAGUUUUCUUCCCUCCACUACCAAGACCACCGACUCCACAAGAAACUAUUUCUUCUCCCGCUACUGGAGGAAUUAAUUAUCCAGUGAGAUUUCCAAUUAUCCCGUUGCGCUCGAAUGGUCCUAAAAAACCGCCUAUUUAUGAAAUGCCUAUUAUAACUGACUUGGUUCGUGAACGUCGAGAAAGAAAACAGCAAGAAAAAGAGGACGAACGACGGCGAUAUCAGGAAGAAAUUAAUAAUGGGCAUCGGACUUUUGGUAAAGGGGGUUCGAAUCUCACUCCCCCUGACCCAUUUGACAGAAAAGAAGCCGCCUAUUUUUCAUUUGGAAGCUCGAAAACUGAGGAAGACAACGAUGAAGAUGAAAGCACUCAGAUGGGUUUUGGUAAAAAUGUUAUCAUUGAUGAAAUCGCGUUGGCUGAAAGAGUGAAAGAAGGCUCGCCUUCUCAAAAAGAAAUUUUGGAAUCAAAGAAAGCGUUUACGACUAUGCCCGUCCCUGAUUCGGUCAUCAAGAAGGAAGCUAAUGAUCCGGGUGAGCCUGCUUCUUCGCCCGCAUUAUCAUCAUCAUCGUCAACCUCGUGGUUUUCAUCGUCUCCUUCUUCUUGGAAUUCUUCAAGAACUCUUACCAAGUCGACAAGUCAGAGUAGCGGUGGAACGUCAUCUUAUGACGACGAUGAAGAAGAUUUCGACGUUAACGAUAAUUUUGAAACAGAUCAACCGCAGAAAACGACUCAGGUUUUGUUACUCCAUGAAAUAAAGAAAAAGCGAAUGGAAGAGCUUGCAACAAUCGUUGAAGAUAGCGAUGACUCUGAAACACAAGCAACUAGUUCCUCGCCGCUGGCUACAAACAUUGAAUCAGCCGAUUUCCAAGCGGUAGAAGAAACUAUGGAAGUCGUAAUGAAUGAAGAAGAGUUGAAGAAAGAUGAAGUACCGAAAAAUGAUGAAGAGCCUGCAAAAAAUGAAGACAUUUUUGUUCCUCGAAGAUCAAAACGUCAAAGAACACAGACUGAUUUUUAUGGAUAUGGCAAGAAAAAGUAA